AUGACAGAUGUUUCAGGGACCUUGAGGGAUGUAAAGGGUCAUGGGACUAGAACCCCUGAACAUGGUCAACAAACCACCAGUAAAAUCAAUGAGAAAAUGACUGAAGUGGAUAAGACCCCACAUACUACAUACUACAGGGAGGAUUCCAAUCCUGAAGAUUUACCCACAGAAGCAGAUCAGGAACAAAGUGGAAAAUCACCAGGGAACACACCGGCUAGCUGGUCCGUUGAUGAGAAGAUUGUAAAAGAAAAUCCAGAGGAGAACCUCUUCGUUGUUCAUAAGGCCAUCACUGAUCUUUCUCUCCAAGAAACAAGUGCCGAGGAAAUGACAUUCAGAGAAGGGCAACAAUGGGAGAAGAUUCCUCUCAGUAGCAGUACCCAGGAAAUAAUCCGACUGAGGGAAAGCAUUGCUGAACAACCCCUUGAAGAGAUAGAUGAGGAUCAGGAAAACAAACCUCCUCAGGCAACAGAAGUUGAAUGGCUGGGAUUUCGGAAACCUAACCAAGUUGACAUAUUGCAAUCUAAACACUUAGAGGAGCAAGAGGUUUGGAAUGAAGAAACUCAUGAUGAGGAAGAGGAGGAAGACUGCAAUGAUGAAGAUGAGGUUCGAGUAAUAGAAUUUAAGAAAGAACAUGAAGAAGGCUCUCAAAUCAAGGAGGAAGGUGACACCAGUGAGGACUCCCCACUGAGCAGCCCCAGUUCCCAACCUGCCACACCUGAUGAGCAGCCCAUGCUAGGAAAGAAGGGAGAUAUCUCCAGAAAUGCUUACUCUAGAUACAACACAAUAUCCUAUCGCAAAAUCAGGAAAGGGAACACCAAACAAAGAAUUGAUGAAUUUGAGUCUAUGAUGCAUUUAUAAACUCACUGGAGCUGAGAAAAAUCUCAUAGCUCCCAGAGCAAGAGCUAAUUCAAUUGUUCUCGGAUGAAUCAUUAUCUAUUAUGGAAAGAUGCAUGAGCUUGCUUUCUCUGUAGACAAAGGUGAAAAUAACCUUAGACAAAAUUCAUUCUGGGAACCUGCUUACAUGGAAAAGCUUUAGAUGCAUUUGGGCAUUUGCUUUUAAAAACGAUUAAUAUAGCACUAUAACUUAAACAUGAAUGUGUCAGCACCAGUGGGAACUCUGAUAUGAUUUGGCUUUAAAUGUAGCAAUUCUGGUAGGUAAGCAUCAAAUACAGGGAGUCUAUUAGAAAUGACUUGUAUUUCCUUUGGUGUCUUUCUGUACAUUGAGGUUAUAGAAGGCCUGGUAUUAAACAUUUCCUCCUUUUAAGCAUGGUUCUUACAGAUUCUAGAAAUAAACUUUUCCUAAUCAUUGUGGCUGCUCUAGGCUCCAAAAAAUAUUCAAAGUUUCUCUUUGACAUCUAUUAAUGCCCUAGAUCUCCUUCCUAGGUGUCACCAUUCACUGAAUUUUCUCACUACAGAGGCUGAGUAAUUGCUAAUCCAGAGAAUUCUGUUUGCUAAAUGUUGGCUUUAUGCUUUCAUACUGAAUGAAAACCAUUGUGAAGUUGGUACAGUGAAGGGUUAUAUGAGUGACGAUUAGUGAGCAAUAUUGACUAGAGAGUCAUGUGGGAUAGUUUUAUCUUUGUGACUGAAAACAAAAUCUGUGUGGACUAGUUAAAGCCAUUGAAAAUUAAAAAAUGACAGUUUUAGCACAUUUUAAAACAAUGCCUCUCUCAAUUACUGCACUUCCUUUUAUUAACAGUACCUCAGAAUGAUGAUUUUAUUUCCUUAGAAAUCCGAGAUAAUGCUAGUCAUAAAUGUACUAGUUACUAUGAAGAUGGAAAUAAUUAUCUUAAAAUAUUUUUAAAGUAGGUUGUGAGGAUAUAUUUUGAGAGGUAGCAUUGAUAGUUGUUGAGAAUAUAUAAUUUACUGGACCUCAGCCCAAAUCAGGAAGCUUUAAAUUAUAUUUAUGGAGCUUCACUCAAACCAAUGUGUCAAAUAAUGUAUUGAAUAUUUAUGAAAAGAGUCUGUAUUUAUAUUCUUAGAUAAAUGUUCCCCAUUUAAAAAUUAUGUUUCCAUAUAUAUUACUCUGAACUUUCUGUUACCACAGAUCAA